CGUCAUACGGUUUUAGCGUCGUAAAACUUGCAGUCUAGAAGAAAAACGUGGAACAAUUCAGUUUCGUUUGCGAACAUCAACAUUAAUAAAAUGUCCAAUCUCAAACGGGACACGAAACCUAGUAAAAACGUAACGUCGACUGGACUGUCUUUGCAAGGCUCCCAAGUACGUUUGUAUGCUAUAUUAUAAUAGUUAUCGUUCGUUAUAAUAAUUUCACGGGCGACGUUCAUUCGAUUUUAUAAUUUGAAUUAUUCUAAACUAACGAAAUCACGUCAGAUACUAAUUUAAUGAAAACAACGGAAAUUUGGUACGCUAUGACGGUGAAUAAACCGAAAAAAUGUGAUUCAAUUUAAAUGUUGUAUAUUGCUGCUAAAAAAUAAAUAUUGUCGCGCAUUUUGUAUUUGUAAAGCGACCAAAACGAUUUUCAUUCCUAUAAUGGUUAUCGGUACCCGCUUAUCGAAUAACUAGUGGUGUUCCCGUAGGUUAUAUUAUAUUUUACACCCCGUAUUGGUACUCUUAACAUUUUGUAGACAAAAUCACGGUAAUACUGCGUAUAUUCUCAUGUACUUAGUCAAAAAAAAAAAAAUAAAAAUAAAUUGUUAAUAAUAUUUUAAUGUCAUUGCUCAUCCAUACCAUUGGCUGAAAACGUAAUCGUAACGGAAAUUGUAUCUAUUUCAGUAACUAUCAAUAAAAUAUUCACAAUUAAUAAAUGUAUAAAUUAUUUAUGUAUCCAUUGGUUACAUUACAAGAAACAUUUAAGUAUAUAAAUGAAAUAUUAACAUACAAUUAAAAUUUAAGAGAUAUAAUAAGAUACAGUAAGUUAAUUAGUAGAGUGAGACGGUUCAGUCCUCACCAUUAUUACAAGUGGCUUAUUAGCAGCAUAGCGUAUGUUACGAACAGGAAAAUAAAACUGAUAGUUCUUACGUAUGGCCAGAGUAGGGAUUCUGAAGUUAAUGCGAGAGAGGAGAUUUGGGGAGUUGAUUUUACCCGAGAGUAAAUUAUUAUGAAAAUUUAAAAUCGCUUAUGCUUUCUUAUUAGCCAACAAGGAUAAUUGCAGAGAAAAACGACUGGAGAAUAAUCAUAAUCACAAUUAUUUCUUUACGAUUUACGGUACUUUUUUUUUUCGUUAACUUUGAGCGUUUUAUGUUGGUAAUUCGCGAAAUGGUAUAAAGAAAUCGUAAUCGAAUAAAAUGAUAUAAUUAUUUUUUUCCAAAAGUGGAAAAAGGGGUUAAGAGGGUGAAUAUUGAAAAUCUGAUUAUUAAUACUAUCAUCCAAAAUUAUGCAUACAAAAAUCGAUCACAAUGGUUUAGGGCUUUACAUGGAAUUUCAUAUAAACAUUAUAAACAUGAUAAAAACCUACAUUGUUUUACGGAGCUAUACAGGAUUAUUUACAGUAAACGUGUAUUUUUUUUAUUAUAAUUAAUAUGCAUAUCUAGGUAUAUUUGUUUAGAUUAAUUUGACAACGCGCCUAUCGAACUUUAACAUAACAAAUCCGCUACAUUAUUUGUACAAUGAUAACGUCGAAGCAUCGCCGUCUCGGGGCAGGCCGAUGUCUGCGACUACGUUGGGCCCUACUUAUCAGGUAAAAAAUAUCAUUAAAUGCGUAUAAACUUUUGUUUUUGUAAAGCCUUCAAUAAAGCUGAUAAUGUAAAUUUGUGGUUUUUCAAAACAAUUUUUUUAGGAAUCACCACGUAGGUUAAGACACGUUAAACGUCCACAAUCUGCGGAUACUAUAAAUAAAAUUGCAAAAAAUCGACAUAUUACAUUUGAUUUCAACGAACAACAAAACAAUACAGGUAAAAAACAACGGUACUUAUUCACAAGUAGAAUGGGCAAUAGGUACGAAAAAUAGAUUAGUUUUAACAAAAUAAUGCACGGUACUACGGUUCUGAUCUAAUACUUACUUCCUAGGUUUACAAUACAAUAUAAUACUAUUUUCAAGUAUAUAAUCGAUAAACUCACAUUUCACAGCUACAAUGGUUGAUGUCGAAUGGGAAGGGGGGGGGGGUUGAGGGGAUAUAUUUCCUCGUGACCUUUUUCCCUUCAAUAUUUACAGUACCUAGUAUUAUAUUGUCUGAUAUUAAGCUGUCUACACAUAACUAUAAGAAGAAGCCGGACAUACUUCGUACCAUGGAUAAGCCACUUUUGUAGUUUCAACUCCUCUUCUUCCGAUGACAAAAUCGUUUGACCAUUACUGCACACCUAUAAAGACCAAAAAAUAUAUAAUAUAUAUUAAAUCAAUUGCACAUUAUUUGGUAUUAUUAUUUCUUUUUUAUCUUAAAAAUUAUGUUUGACGAAAAAUAUUUACAUUAUAAAUUCCGAGCGUAGCGAGGGAGCUACUGAUUUACGAAGUUGUAUUUUUUUUUCCUUCUUCUAGUCUGUGGACACGUUUUUUCCUAGUAAAUUUGCUCCGACCUUUACAUGUAACAAAUUUUCUGAAAGUCUAAGUUGUUCAGAUGGUAUUAAAGAGGUCAUUUUUUGAUUUUUGACGCUAUUUUUUAAAUAAAAGCAUUAAGUGGAGAAAUGUACGAUUUUACGGUUUCAUUAUUUUUUUUAUAAAAACACGGACAACGUUUUUUACAAGAAAAAAUGAUUUAAUCGAAAAAUCAUAAGAUAUCUUUUUUGAUGCCUUUUUGAUUUAAUUUGAGCUUUUUUUGAGCUUUUAAGACAUUUUAAUUUUUGGGAGCUUUUUUGCUGUGAUUCGAUUAUAAACACAUGUGGAGACUUGAAACUUGCUAAUAAUAUUUAUAUCGAACUUACCUAGAACGUAGUCAAAUUUCCAAAAUCGUUAGACUUUUUUUUUAAUAAGCGUUAUAAAAUCAAAUUCAAACGAAAAUCGCACAAAAAAAUUACGGCACUUCAAAUUAUGUAUUAUCGAACUGCGCUCGAAAUCGUCUUUCAUCAGCUUUGGUUUAUCUUUGCUUACAGAUAUAAAUGAAAUAACCUUAUGUAUUCUACCUUCCCAACUUCUCACCUACAAAAAUGACUACUGCUCCCAUUCCCAGUAUCAGCUGGUUUUUUUUUUUUGCAAUUUUUAAUAUAAUAUAUAAUAAUAUAGGGAUAUUUCGUCAUGAAAUAUUUAGACGUGUCAUUAAAAACUGUAACUUUAUGUAUACAAAAAAACGAUGUAAAUAAACCCGUUUUAAAAAAAUGUUUUAUUAUGUUAUAUUUUAAAAAUGUGUAAAUAACCGUAAAAUAUAAUAUUUCUUGUUUUACUAUAUCAUGUAUUAUAAUCAUAAAAGUAAAAUCUAGGGUUAUCACGCAACUGAACUCAACUCCAGGCUCGUGUUUUGUAAUGUACCCAACAAGGCUUUUUUGUGUUCAUCAUAUUUAAUAAACAUGCUAUGUAGUAAUAUUAUUUUUAAAUAGUAUGCAUGUAACACAACGAUUUAACGGUAAAAUAAUUGUUCAUUCGAUUCUUCGAAGUAAUACUGUAAUAGUUUUCUCAAAAACAUUUAAUAUUUAUCGUAAUUUUAAAUUACAACGUAAUAAUUAUUGUUUGUAUAACUUAAAUAAUUGGAAAAUAUUUUUUAAAAAUAAUUUAUGCACCUAUAUAGGUUCUAGAAAUUACGCAGUACUGGAGAGUACAUUUGACGAAUUAGAUGCGGCAGAACUUUCGUCGGGUGGCCGUUCAACGCCCGUCCAGGACAUUCAACAGAAUGAAAAUGACAAACAACCUACAUUGGAACCCGGGCUAAAGUCUAAACCACCUAUACCUCCCGCUGGAAACGUGCAACAGGAAACUUUUGACCGACAGUCUAAAACAUCAGUGACUUUUGACGACGCAAUCGAACUAAAGUUUCAACGAUGGUUCCCGAAUUCAGCACCUAUCGCAGUGCCUACUGACACUGAUGUGUCACUAAACGGCAUGUCGUACGAAUAUAGUGAACGAGUGAUUGAUAACGAUAAAGGAACCAUCACUUAUACAAGAAGCAGUUCGUCGAUGAGUAUUCGAGGUAGCCAGGACCAAUUGGACGAAGAGCAUCUUUAUUCAAAUCUCAGUGCAGCUAUCGGCGGUGGGGAUAAACUCAAAACAUCUGUAUCUGUGGAUUUACUAGAGAUACUCCAGAACGACGAUAAUCGUCGAGUGUCUUCUGUUAAAUUAAAAAAGAAAAAGAAAACUACACCGGUCGCCCACAAAGUAAAAAAGGAUGUACCAAAGACAGUUUUUAAAUCCAAGCCAGGUAUCGUUAAAAGCGAUCCGGUUGUCAUGAAACGUGAGCCGAUUGAAGCAGCGCGGAACGAACAAUAUUUAGAGAAGGUAAUUAAAAAGGAUCACCCAAACAAAACUGACGACUCAUCGGUGGAUUACAUCAAAGAUGACGUAGUGUCAUGGAUGUCUUGUCAUCAGAGGCCAUCAACUCCCGAAUUAAAUGGUAAUUUUGUAAGUGUCUUUGGCAUCUAAUAAUUAAUAAAGAUUAUUUGAUAUUAUAGUUAGGUAGUUAUUUUAAUAUGUGUUGAAAAAAAUUAAGUAAUAAUUAAAUGUAUUGAAUUUGUGUAUGUUUAAGGAGACGUUUUGUAAAGAAAACCAUAAGACGUCAACGUAUGAUGAAAUCGUAAAUAUUUUAAAAGAACUGGAAUCUGAAAAUAACGAUAUUGAUAGUUAGUUAAUAAAGUUCACUUAAAUAUAAACAUUUUGUGUUAUUAUCAAAAUCACAUUAUAAUAUUUUUAUUUUUAUUACCACUUAAAAUAUAUUAAUUUAUAAUAUUACAAUAUUAUAUUUGUUGUGUAAUAAUAUGUACUGAUUUCUUGUAGACAUGAAUGUCAGGAAAACUGGUGUUACAGAUAAUAAUAAAGAUCAAACAUUAGUACCAGAGCCUUCGUCUAGUUCAAAGUUAAUAUCACUUGGAAAUCAAUUAACUUUUUUUUUCACUCCUGAAUAUUCUUUCUAUUUUUUUUUUAAAAACGGAUUUUGUAUUUUUGUGUUUUAAUGGAUUUUUAAAGGGCACUAUGGUCAUUUUUGGAUGAAGUAGAGAGAAACUCAAACCGGUCUACUCCUUCCAAAUCAUAUAAACAAAAAUCAUCAUUAAAAGUGUCAAACACACCACCCUCGUCGUAAGUUAAUUUGUUGUAUUUCGGUUGCAUUUUAUAGAUCGCUGUUGUAUUUAGACCAGAAAAAAUUGUUACGGAGGUAAAAAAAGGAAAUCUUCAAAAAGUUAUGGAGCUCGGAAAAGCUGAGUUAGCCCAGCAAGUAGCAAUGCUUCAAUUAAAGUUAUCGGAAAAAGAAGAUGUGACUGAAAAACUAAAAAUUACUAUAACCGAAUUGCAAGCGGAGCACGCUAAAAGUAAAGCUGAAUACGAAUCUACCGUAAUGAGACAUCAAAAAUUCAUUGAUAAGGUGAAUUUUGUUUUCUUAUACUAUUUUAUAAUAGAUAAUUAAUUUAAAAUGUUUUCAUUGAAUUGUUCAUAUUAGUUAUUAAAUGAAAAAAAAGAACUCAGUGAAAAUUGUGCCUUGAAUGUAAAAGAAAUGACAAAAAAAAUGAAUGACGCUUUAGCUAAUUUAGAAGAGCGGCAUAAAGUCGAACUGAAAAAAGCUGUAGAUAAACAAGUGGCUUCUGAGAAAAUAAAAAAAGAUCGAUGGGUUGACCUUAAAACAAAAAAAAUAAAGGUAAAUAAAUAUUUAAUUGAUUAAUAACUAAGUUGGUAGUUUAUCCGCAAGGCAUAUUGUAUUUAAAUUAAUACGAAUUUUAUGUAGGAAAUGACAAUCAAAGGCAUUGAACCAGAACUAAAUCGGAUGUCAAUAGCAUAUCAAGAAGAAUUAACAGAACUUCGAAGGAUCCAUCAAUCACAAAUCGAAGAAAUCGAAGCAACGUGGCACAGAAGAAUGGCGACUAUGAGAGAUAAAAUGGAUGCAGAACGAGAACAAGCAGUUGUAACGGAAAGGGAAAACUCUAGAAAUCGGUAAAAUAUAACGUUUACACUAUCAGUAUCCAGUUUUAAAAAAAUAAAAAAUAUAAUAAAUAACUAGUUAAAAAUAUAGUUUAAAUUUCGUAUAUGUGUUUCUCACCAAUCGCCAAUUCAAUAGAAAUUAAAAAUGAUAAUAUCAAUAUUGAUUUAAAUUAAAAUUUCAACAGUUGAUAAAAUUUAGAAUUUUUUUUUUAAUUACUAUAAAUUAAUAUAAUUUGCUAUUUGAAAACUAAAAGUUAUAACAGAUUUAUCACCAAAAAUAAGGACAACAUACAAUUUUUGAAUUAGUUGUAUCUUACAUUUUCUAAAUAAAAAAUAUCAGAAAAAUCCUAAUACACUCAAAGAUAAUAAUGUCUUCCAGACAAUUGAUCAAAACUCACUAAUUUCCAAGGGCCCUAUUUCAAUUAUACCUGUUACACUUGGAAAUUCAUUAAUUACAAAACUUUUUGUGGUUAUCUAUAAAUAUUAUUUUUGGCAUUUUUAUUUAUAUUCAUUAUAUAAAGUAUAUUUAUAUCAUUUUAGCUUCUUAGCGGAGAGAGGUCAUUUUUUGAUUUUCGCAGGAGUUUUCCUAAUAAAUGGGAAGAACGUGAAAAAAUCAUUUACAUUUAUGAACAUUUACGAAAUUUAUUAUUUUCUAAUCGUAAAUAUUACGAUUAAAACAUGUAUAAAUGAACUCAGAAUCAUUUUUUAUUACUAAAGAUUAUUCAUUGCGUACAUUAAACUCCCCUCUAAAUCCUUUCCAAUUUCUUAUCUACAACAGUACAACAGUGGCCCACCCAAUGUGACCCACCCGUGCAAUGUACGUUCGUUUUUUUAUUUGGUAGUUAGCAAGGUAGCAAUACAUAUUAUUAUGAACAAUAAACAACUUUAAUAGCGAAAAAUCCAUUAAAAUUUGAGCGCACAAAAGUGCGUUAGGUAAAACCAUAGUUCGGUCAAUCGCGUAUUUUGUAUAUUUAUUAUUUACGCCAAUCGUUUCGAGUAUCACGCAUAUAUUAUAUAUUAUAACUCUAAAAAGUUGUCAUUAAAUAAAAUAGAAAUAGAAAUCAAAAAAUAGAAUUUCAACAAAUCAGAUAAAAAAUAAUUUUAAAAAUGGUCGAUAUUUUUUUUUUGAGUAUAAAUGUAUAAUGAGUUUUUUCAAAAAAAAUAUUUUUGGUACUUUUUAGCUUAGAAAUUGAAAUUUCUGAACUCGAAAAGAGUUACCAAGAACAACGAAAACGAUUGUUAGGGGAAAUUCACAGUGAAAGAUUGCGCCAAGAAAGAGAAAAUGAAAUUACAUUAAUGGAUAAGCAACGAGCUCUUGAACACAAAUUUGAAAAAUUAGUCGAAGAGCUUCAGGAAAAAAUUAGUACUAAGGAGCAAGAAUUUCAGGUAGGUAUCCAAUGUGUAACGUUAAUGAAUGUCAAUAUUAUGUUGGCGUGAUUAUUAUUAGAUAAACUGCAUGUAUAAUAAUUAAUAAUGUAUGUAAUACACUUCACACCAUGCACAUUGAGUUCAAAAUAAUAUGGUGUUUCGAAUAGUGAGAUAAUUCAGAACUUUAUUAGACUAAAAUAAACUCGUAGAAUUAAUAUUUGUGUAGUUUUUUUUUCAUGCGAUUCUUUGAUUACAAACAUUAUGUGAAUAAUUGUUAACAUUUCUAACCUAAUAUUUAAAACUACGAAUAACUGCAUAAUAAUACGCGCGUUUUAUUAAUUGAUAGUAAUUUAUUUUCAGAACGAGUUGAAGACUAUUCGAGAAAUGUGCGAAUCCGAAAAGACAAAAUGGAUAAAACAUCAAACAACAGUGUUGACGGAAAAGGAAAAUACUAUUAAAGAAAUGUGCAAAAAAGAACGAGAUAAACAUAUUGAAUUAGUUAUUCAAAAGUUAGAAAACGAAGCUUCCGAAAGAGAAAAAACAUCCGAAGCUAAAAUAAAGUAACGGUUUACUAUUUUAAGUAAAUUGUUUCUAAUGUUCAAGUAAAUUCGUAGUUAUUUAUAUUGUUCGCAUACAAUAUUUUAUAUAAGAUUUAUAUUAAAACAAAAUGUAUAGGUACUUGUAUAAUGUGACUAGUUAUUGAUUUAUAAUAAUACUCGUGCACAUUACAGAAUAUGUUAUCCGUAACUUGUAAAGAGAUAAACGACUAACGUAAGCAUUGGGCAUUUUAGUAAGUAGGUAUUAAUUUUUGUAACUGUAGACGAAUAAAAUCAGAAUACGAAGCUGACAUUCACGAACUAGAAAAAACCAUAUCGGGACAUCGUUUGAAAUUGAACGAAUCUCGUACCAAAGGCCAAGAAUAUGAAGAAAAAAUUGUAGAACUCACUAGUGAAUUGAAUAAGUGUCACGCCGAACAGAAACGAUUACACGAAGUAUAAAACAUAUAUAACUAUUACGCGCAAAAAAUAAUAAAUAAAUAAUGUUUGUAACGGCUGUUAAAUUAUAAUCUGCAGAUGAUUUCUAAAUUGAAAGAGGAAAUUGGUUCGAAAGAAAAUACAAAGAACGAGACUGUAACUAAGGUUGAAUUAUUGAAGUCCGAGUUAAAUCAAUCCAAGUUGAAUUUUGAAACUAAACUCAAAACAAUACAACACGAUAAAGAAAGAGAAAUCAACUGUGUCUACGUCAGGUCUAUAGUUAAACAUUUUUAAGUGGAUGCAAUAAUACGAGCGUAUGAUCAAUGACUGUUAUUAUUUUAGGGUUAAAGAAGCGAUUAAACGGAAAGACGAAGUUAUUCAAGCAUUACAAAGCGAACGAAACGCUGCCUUAGAUCAAUGUAAUAAUAUGGAAAGACUUUUGGAUAGACAGAGAAAAGAAUUUUUAAAACUCAAUUAACUUAAUUAUUUUCGAGAUUAUCUUUAACAUUGUAUUUAUUUAUAUUCAUUAAUUUUCGUAUUUUUAUUUUUUAAAUUUUUGUUUCAAAAGUG